UGUGUAGCUCCCGAAUUAAUAGUCUCCAUUUUCCUCUUAUCGUCGCCACGCGUGAAGAAAAUUGAGUAUCCCAAUCCUAAACUCACGCUUUAUUACAUAAUAUAUGCACUUAAAUAUGGCAGCACAAUUCUUCAAUCGAAUAGGACAGCUUGGUCUGGGUAUAGCACUGGCAGGUGGUGUUAUCAAUUCUGCGUUAUACAAUGUGGAUGGUGGUCACAGAGCAGUUAUAUUUGAUAGAUUUGCUGGUAUAAAAAAUGUUGUGAUAGGAGAAGGAACACAUUUUUUCAUUCCUUGGGUGCAAAAACCAAUUAUUUUUGAUAUCCGUUCACGUCCGAGAAACGUUCCAGUCAUUACUGGAAGCAAGGAUUUACAGAAUGUAAACAUUACUCUUCGUAUUCUCUUCAGGCCUGUACCUGAUUCGUUACCUAAGAUAUACACUAUCCUCGGUAUUGACUAUGAUGAAAGAGUACUACCAUCUAUUACUACUGAAGUGCUAAAAGCUGUUGUUGCGCAAUUUGACGCUGGUGAAUUGAUUACGCAAAGAGAAGUCGUAUCUCAAAAGGUUAAUGAAGAAUUAACGGAAAGGGCUGCGCAAUUUGGACUCAUUCUGGAUGAUAUUUCCCUUACGCAUUUAACAUUUGGUAAAGAGUUUACUCAGGCAGUAGAAUUGAAACAAGUGGCACAGCAGGAUGCAGAAAAAGCUCGUUUCUUGGUAGAAAAAGCCGAACAACAGAAAAAGGCGGCUAUUAUCACUGCUGAGGGUGAUGCCCAAGCUGCGAGUUUACUAGCGAAAUCUCUGGGCGAAUCAGGUGAUGGUUUGGUCGAACUCAGAAAAAUCGAAGCUGCGGAAGAUAUUGCACACAAUUUAUCCAGGUCUCGUCAAGUCGUGUAUUUACCAUCAGGUUUAAAUAUGUUGCUUAAUAUGCCGCAGUAAAAAAAUGAACUGUUAUGUUUUUAUAUGAAUUGCAUUUAUACUUCAUGAGAAGUUUGAUGCUGUAAUGGGAAUGUAAAAAAGAAUACAGCAUAUAUAGUAAACACUUCCCUGAAAGUGUUACAUAGCAUUGAAUAUAUAGUAUUUUGUAACAUUGAUGAUUUGAUUUAUAAAUCUGCGCCAUAUUAUAAAUAUAUUAAAUCCUUAUAUCUUUUAGUUAUUAUAAACUCCAGUGUUUAAUUAUUAUUUAAUAACGACACAAUUGACAUGUGUUUUCUAUAAUAUCUACAGUUAAAAAAUAUGGAAUAAAUGGAAAAUCUGAAGCACUUA